AUGAAGGUGCUUUACGUUUACGCACUCCUUAUCGGAUUCACCACCGGAGCUAAGGUUUUCACGAAGAAAAAUGGGAAGAAGCGAGAACAUCAUGUGACGAGAACAUCCACAGAUGAGUUCUCCCCUGAAUUCAGCCUGGAGGAUCCAAUGGCAAUUCAGGCAAAACGACGAAAAAUGACGAUGAAGCUCCGAAGGCAAACGGAGAGAAUGAUCAAAGCUGCAAGAAAAGCUAAAGCUAGAGCAGUUAGAUCCUCAAGAAGACGAUCCAAGCGACACAGGUCAAAAAAUCGUGAUAAGAACGGCCGCAAAUCAAGGAGACAUCGAGAACCAAAGGAAGAACGAAAAUUUAACGAUCGAUUUUCUGGAAUCAGCAAAUUGAAAAGCUUUGACGAGUCUGAGGUCCUCGGUACACGACGAGGAAGAAAAGCUGAAAUGGCGCGAAACGAGAUGCGCGAUUUCCGACAAUUUAGACCACCAGGCUCAUUCAACAUGCGAUUCUCCAGACUCUCUCCAAACGGUUAUCGAUACCGACCUUGA